AAAGCCUUAGUUUUCCUUUGGCUGAGCUGGUGAUCGGGUCUCUGCUGGCUGGCUGAUUGCUCCUCGACUCUAAUUCACUCACUUAGGCACUCGUUCACUUCAGAGCUAGCAGUGAUGGCGGCAGGACGGGUGAUGGUGGUGGUGGUGGCGGUGGCGGCGGUGGUGGUGGUGGUGGUGGUGCAGCGUGGCGAGGCUGUACCAUCAAAGUGGGAAACAGAAUGGUGCCCAGCUGGUGGAUUGGCGCUCGCACGAAAACUACUUGUCAAAGAUGGUCGGACUGUAGUGAGAAGGAGUGCUGUGUGCGACCCAUGCUUGCUUCCAAAUCCUACUGCUUCCCCUACAAGACCCUAGGGGAGUCCUGUGACGCCUCGGCCCUCCUGGUGAACAUGGAAAACGAGGUGUUUCUGGACCACUGCCCGUGUGACCUGCACCUGACCUGCGCCAACCUGUACCUGGGCACCACCGGCAAGUCCUCUCAUAGUGUGUGCGUGGACCCUGACAUUGCCUUCGAACACGGCAACACCCUGCCAGUGGAGGCGGGGGGCAGGCAGCCGGACAGACACCCCUCCCCCGUGCAGAUCACAUUCUAAGCACUCAUGAUAUUAACCUGCUGUAACCUCAUCUAACCUACCCUAUUGUAACCUAUUGUAAACUCUGGAACUCCCUGCCUGUUUCUGUAUUUCCAGCUUCCUAUGACUUGAAUUCUUUUAAGAGGGAGGUUUCAAGAUAUUUAUCCCGUUUUUUUACUAACCCUCUCUGGCCUACAAGGGGACUGGCAACUAAGUUUUUUUUUUUUUUUCGUUUUUAUGUUGCCCUUGGCCAGCUUUCUCCUAUUAUAUAAAAACUUAUUCUAUAUUAACUAACUUUAUCUAAUCUAACCUCAUGAGGUAACCAAAUCUUACCUUACCUUAAUUUACCUAAUCUUUUGUAACUUUACUUAACCUUAUCUAAUAUUCCCAAGAAACUAUUUAUUUUUUCCCUUAACCUUGCUUAGCCUUGCCUUACCAAACACAAUCUAACCUAAUCUAACCUUACAACACUCCAAAAUAACUUAAUUUACCUAACCAAACUUUAUCAAAUCUAUCUCUAUCUUAUCUUAUCGACUCAAAACUUGAACUAACUUACCAAAUCUUAUAAAACCUAUUCCAACACACAUGAAGAGGAAUUACAAGGACUAUAUCUUCUAUAAACCACUAAAAACUAUAAAAAAAAGAUGUAGAUAAGUAAUGUUGUCUGUCUGUGUGUGUGUAUUUUAUUUAUAUUUUUGCCUAUCUGUCUGUUCGUCUAUUUCUUUCUGUAUUCGUCUCUCUCUCUCUCUCUCUCUCUCUCUCUCUCUCUCUCUCUCUCUCUCUCUCUCUCUCUCUCUCUCUCUCUCUCUCUCUCUCUGGAAUACAAUCACUCAUAUAUUAAACAACGUAUCAUGAUUGUAGGAGUAUCAACUGUCUAAUGAAUUAUCACUAUCUUCGUGUCUCUCUAUGUGUGUAUGUGUCAUGUAUCGUGUAGCAAUAAAGUGUCAUUCAUCUCA